UCUUCUUAUACGACCAUGACAGACGUCGUGCUUGGCCUAGAUGUCGGGACACAAGGCCUGAAGGCCGUCCUAUAUGACUUGCAGACGCACCAAAUAGUCGCGAAAGGUAGCAGCACAUAUGAAAUCAUUUCAACAACAAUACCAGGCCGCGCGGAGCAGGAUCCGGCAACUUGGUUGCAGGCUGUCAAGGAGGCAACGUUGCAAGCCCUGGCUGGUCUUGAUACGUCGCGCGUCGUAGGCAUCGGCGUGUCAGGACAGCAGCAUGGACUUGUGGUGCUUGAUGAUGACGGUCAGGUGCUGCGGCCAGCCAAGCUGUGGUGCGACACAGAGAGUGCGGAGGAGGCCAAGGAACUCUCACAAAAGCUCGGCUGGACGCUGGUCCCCAGUUUCACCAUAACCAAGCUGCUGUGGCUCAAGCGCCAUGAACCCGACGUGUUUGAUCGCGUGCGCUGCGUGCUGCUGCCGCACGACUACGUCAACAUGUGGCUCACAGGCCAACGUGUCAUGGAGUGCGGCGAUGCCAGUGGCACGGGCGUGCUGGAUGUGGCCUCCCGGCAGUGGGAUGAGGCGGCCAUGGCUGCAGUAGACGACCGCCUGUACCGCCUCUUCCCACCGCUGGUCAGCAGCCCGAACAUGGCUAUCGGCACCCUGUUGCCGGAGGUGGCGACGCAGUUGGGGCUGCCUGCGGGUAUCCCGGUAGCUCCCGGUAGCGGAGACAACGCCAUGAGCGCGCUGGGUGCGGGAGCUGCGGGUGAUGGCGCAACGGUAAUGUCGUUAGGCACCUCCGGAACCAUCUUUGCCAAAUCACCCAGCCCCAUCCUGGACCCCUCGGGCGUCAUCUGCCCCUUCUGUGACGCCACCGGCGCAUACCUGCCGCUGCUGUGCACCCUCAACUGCACCCGAGUGCUGGAGGAGGUCCGUGAGGCCUUCCAGCUGGAUCACGAGCAGCUCACGCAGCUGGCGGCGCGCGAGCCCCCCGGCUGCUGCGGCGUCACGUGGCUGCCCUACCUCAUGGGCGAGCGCACCCCCUGCUGGCCGCAUGCCAGCGGGGCGCUACUGGGGCUACGUCCGGGCUGUCUGCGGCCGGGACUUCUCUACCGUGCUGCCAUAGAAGGCGCCACGCUGUCGCUGCUCAGCGGCUUCCGACGCAUGACAGCAGCGGGGCUGCGGCCCUCCCCCCAGUUGCGGCUGGUGGGCGGCGGCGCGAGGAACCCGCUGUGGCGCCAAGUGGUGGCGGACGCCUUCCAGAUGCGAGUCGUACUGCCGGCGGAGCCCGAUUCGGCGGCGCUAGGAGCAGCGCUGCAGGCAGCGGCUGUGGUGACAGGGGUUUCGGUGGCAGAGUAUGUUACGCAGUACCCGCCGCCACUCGUGGAAGAGGUUGUGGAGCCUAACAUGGAGCACAAGCAGGCGUACGAAAAUGCGCUAGCUAAGUUUGAAGCGUUAGGAGCGCAACUGUUUGCCGUGUAAGCUAAUCUAGGACUUGAGCGGCGCUGAGGCACGUCCCCCGUCCUCGGCGGCUGGAACGGCCGUUCGGUCCCUCCUGGUGCCCGGUAAAGCGUCAUUUGAACGCAUGGUGCGUGCUGCACACAAUGGAAGUGCUGCGCUGCAAGGGGCUUGCUUGGGGGUGUGCCGUACACCUGCUAAGAGCUGUUGUCCCAUCCAUGUCAAGGCCUUCAGCGCUGAGCUCCAGAAGGGCACCUUUGGGUUGUACCGGAAACAAAGAGUGACCGCGAUAGAUUGAAGGAGCAGCGUUUUCCGUGGAGGAGCGCAGGCGCCUGUAGGCGGCAUUGUGCCUGAGGUCAGCAUAGUGCAUCGCGCAAUGGCCCUGUAGGCUAACCAUGUGCGAAUUGCACUAUCUUACCUGGAUAUGUAUUCUAUUUCUGGGUAUGAGUUAUCUAUGCGGCUUGCUAAGGAAGAGGACGUCUUGGCAGAGAGUCUUCCCGUUCGGAGCAUGCAAGAGAAGUAGAUUGUUAGACUUGUACCCUGUCUGAUAUAUGCUAAGUGAUACAAAAUGUAACAUAGAUAGUACA